CUCCGAGAGAGGAACCUGAAAACUUGGUAGGGGGCGAUGCCUGAGGGUCUGACGAAGGCGCAGAAGAAAAAUCAGAAACGGAAACAGAAGCGUGAUGAGCAACGGCCGCAGACCACGGCCAUCGUUUGGCUGCGUGAGGAUCUCAGGCUUCACGACAACCCUGCGCUCCACCAGGCGACUCAGUGUGGCGCCAUAGUCAUCCCGGGUGAGUGAAGUGAGGGAAUGAGGGGCACACGAGAGAAUGACAGUUGUUGCUUGUGGCUCUGGGGUGUGUGCAGUGUACAUCAAGGACGAGAGUGACCCCUCGCCAUGGCCACUCCGCGGUGCCGCGCUGUACUGGAAGUAUUGGUCGCUCAAGUGCUUCGGUGAGCUAGAAAGACAGCCAAACAGUGGCGCAUCAGAGUCACCGUUGCGUGCUGCGUGUUGGUCAGAUAACUCACUGCGUGGGUGCGGUAGCCGCCUCACUCUCAGGCGGGGCGAUGCGCUGGCCACUAUCGCACAGCUGGCGGCCGACACGUGAGGCACAUCGGUGCAGCAUCCAUUCCAUCAUCAGCUCUGUGUUGUGUGUUCAGUGGCGCCACUUCUGUGUACUGGAAUCGUGCGUGUGAACCGUGGAACGUGGAGCGCGAUGAGCACGUCAAGGAGAGCCUCCAGAUGAACGGCAUACAGGUCCAUGACUUCAAGGUGACCGACCACACAUUCUCACAUACGGACACACGCCCUUGGUGUCUUCCCACGUUCAUGCAUCCCAUCCCCUGUCUGUCGUGGAUGUGUGUGUGGUGGUGUGUGUCAGGGUGUGGUGUUGUAUGAGCCGUGGGAGGCCAACCCAGAUGACAACGCGCACAGAGCCGGAUUCGGCAGCGUGGGCUUCUUCAGAGCAGGUAUUGGACGCGCCACACACACUCUCGAUGCAUCCAUCCGUUUGCGUCUCUGUGCCACAUUCAUGUACGUCUUCGUGCCUCAGCGUGUGAGCGUCUGGGGGAGCCGUCGAAGCCCCUGCCAGCGGUGGAGAAGCUCAAGGCGCCCCUGCUGUGGCCGGCCUCCCUCACCGUAGACGACCUGGGCUACCAGAGGAUGCCCGUGCGGAAGGGCGGGGAGGUAGUGGACUGGGCUGCCAGCAUCCGGCAGAGAUGGGAGUUUGGGGAAGCUGGUGAGGAGGGAAACAAACGACCCCUUGUGCGCACGUCUAUCCAUCCCUCCGUCUGUCUGUCUGUCUGGGUAUCAGGUGCGUUGAGGGCUCUGGACGAGUUCAUCACGUCGGAUGCGUCUCAGAAGUUCGAGAGCCGGCAGAGGUUCCGGGCCGAUCGCAAGUGACACGAAUCACAAUCGGGCGAUCACAAUGUUCGACCACAAUCGGUCGCUUCUUUCUGUGGCAGGUGGACGGCCCAGAUUUCACCCUACGUGCGGUUCGGCGAGCUCUCUUCCAGGCUCAUCUACUGGGAGGCCAAGAGACGCAUCGGACACAACUGCCAGGUGAGUCUGUGCGGUACGGACCCACCGGAUGUCUUCGUUGGUCAAUGGAUGGAUGUGUAUCUGCUGCAGACGUUCAUCCGGCGUUUGUUUUGGCGAGACCUGGCGUACUGGACUCUGUGGAAGUUCCCCUCGUGCCACACGGAGCCGCUGCGGCCCCAGUACGCCCACCAGCGGUGGGGCACCGACGCCGCCGCACUCAAGAAGUGGCAGCGCGGUCGCACGGGCUUCCCGCUGGUCGAUGCCGCCAUGCGCCAGCUGUGGGCCAUCGGAUGGAUGCCCAACUACCUACGACACGUGAGAUGACCAUCCCCACAGACAGACAGACAGACAGACAGGAAGGAGCAGCCUAUCCAGGGGUUCAUCCAUCUUGUCCUGGCUGCCUGAUUUGGUUGUGUUGGGCAGGUUGUGGCUGGUUUCCUGGUCGAGUACAUGAACAUGCACUGGUUUGAGGGCUUCAAGUGGUUCGACUACACUCUGGUGGGAAGACAGCACGGCACAACGGCAGCCAACAGACACACGGGCGACCACCAUUCACGUGUCUGUGUGCACCGGGGUGCAGGUUGACUCCGACGUGGCCAUCAAUGCCUACAUGUGGCAAAACGGUGGCCACUCAGGGCUCGACCAGUAAGAGAGAGAAGGAAUGUCUGUCUGCAUGGGCCACACAGUGAAUCGGCUCGGUUGGUCCAGGUGGAACUUCGUGAUGCAUCCGGUCUACGCGGCCAAGUCAUGCGACCCUGAGGGCAACUAUGUCCGCCAAUGGUGAGCGAGCACCACGGCUGUGCGACAUACAUCUUCUUGAUGCGUGCAAGAGUGCCGCUCAUGUCUGUCAGGGUGCCUGAGCUUCGCCAUUUGCCGGUCGAGUACGUCCACUGCCCAUGGGAGGCGCCGGUGACGCUGCUUGCGUCCGCCAGGGUGCUGCUGGGCCGUGACUACUACCGCAGGACGAUCGAUGAUCUGCUGGCGGCCAGGCGGAACUCACACAAGGCCGUCAUCGAGGUGAGAAACAUCCAUGCAUCAUGAAUGCAUCUCAUACGCUGGCAUGCGUCCUUGCGUAAUGCGUGGGUUUCGUGCGUACAGGUUCGGGAGGGUGUGGGGAAGCCGUAUGUGCUGGCGUGCGGCAACGAGAAGAUGCAGCUGCCCGACGGCCGGUGGGUCAGGCUCAUCACACGCAUCGACUACCGCAUGAUGGCCGCGAACCCUGUCACUGUCCAGACAGCCGCUGACGCAUGGAACAAGUGAGUAAACGCACCCACAUUACACCACCGACACAAGGGGAAAUAGCAAUUAUUGUCUCGUUCUCCUUGCUGGUUGGUGUAGGUCCAAGCGUCGGCUGUUGGAUCAGAUGAGUUUGGCCCUUGCGGACGAGCAGCGCAUCUACCACCAGAGCCACCCUGAUGCCGACGAGGAAGAGAAGGCCGACCUCUAGCUCACAUCAUGUCUGCCACACAUAGCGCAAUGAGAUCGAUCGCAACUCCCAGAGAAGCGGACUGCGAAGCAGG